UCCUCACGUGUUAGCUCUUGGCCCUCUUGUAAGAGCUCAAAUCCUGUGUUAGGAAGGACUUUGGGUUUGAGGAGAAUAACUACCAUGACUUCAAGUGCUUUGAUGAAACCUCAGAUGCGAGGCCUUCUGGCCAAGUGUCUGCGAUUUCAUAUUGUUGGAGCCUUUGCUGUAUCCCUGGGGGUUGCAGCUUUCUAUAAGUUUGCUGUGGCCAAAUCAAGAAAGAAGGCAUAUGCAGAUUUCUACAGAAACUAUGAUUCCAUGAAAGAUUUUGAGGAGAUGAAGAAGGCUGGUAUCUUCCAGAGUGCAAAGUGAAUUUGGAAUAUAAAGGAUUUCUUUGGGUUGCAUUCCAUUGAAGUUUGUCACUGACUGUCCUGUGUUCCUGAGCUAUGAAACACGAACACUGGGUUAUGGAAUAGUUUCUCUUGUCA